UCUGUGCUGCUGCUGAUCAGUAUCGUGCAAUUAAUUGCGAUUAAAACGGGGACCAUGAAAUCAGAUUUGUCACAUAUACGCUUACACGUGUACGGGAGAUUAAGUCCGUAACUUAUCGCAGAUCUGACUGCGGCAGGAGCGAAAUCUCCGUAAUUAAUCUUAAUUGUGGCAUAUACGCAUACCCAGCUUUAUCUCCAGGACGAUCGUGUCGCUUACCAUAUGAUAUAUCAUCUGCGCAACCUUCGAGCAAUUCAAUCUGUGCGCUAUGCGUGUCCUGACAGAUCGAAUUAACGCAUUAUACAGAAAUAUUGGAAACAAGAUCUAGUUUCCGACACGGAUGGUGCACGGGUGAAGUUACAUGCGAAUGUCCAACAGUGUUCUAGUCUCAGUCAAUUGAAGCCUCUACUGAGUACCGCACGUCUUCGUUAAUAAGUCAUGCGGCGUAAGGAUACACCGCCUGUGCACAGUGCCGGGCGAGGACGAAGCCUGAUAUCAAUUAGAUCUAAUCAACCACAGCAGCGUAAGAUGAUACCAGCUUCUCGGACCCUGCUCCCUAGAAGUUACUCUUCACCGUCAACGCGAAGGGAUCAAGAGAGCGCUCCUCAAAGUCCUCUGCCCAGUCAAAGAAGCUACGUCAUGAGGAGCUUUUCCACUCCAGAGCCAAAGGCAAUAGAAUACCGUCGUAACUCAGACUCUUUCUACCGCCCAAAAACUCACGGUUCGCGAGGCGAGUUGGACUCUGAUCUAGAGAGCUUUGAACAGUUCGAGGACAGCUUUGUUGAUAUGGAUGAUGAUCAAGAGCAGAAUGUGUACGGGACGUAUAGCAGAAGUCCGGAGAAGGAGGAACCUAAACGAGUAAUGGCUACGUUACUGCAAGGGAGCGGGCUGCAGAGAAUCUCCAUCAGACCUGUGUCGUCCUGCACUACCCAGACUUUGUACAACGCGCGGGAAGCCAUGAAGGAGCUUCAAAGAAACCAACAGAAAGCUCGUCUCAACUUCCGUCCACUGACCAACCUACCGCACUCCGACCACGAUCAAGAGGAAGAGCUGCUGUCCUCUCCUCAGCUGGAUUUGGACACGGCGGAGAUGGACCAGCAGCUCCGCUCUGAGCAGCAGCUCAUGGAGCGAGGAGCAGCUAUGGCUAUGGAGGAGAGCGAUGGAGAUACGCUGGAUUUGAAUACGGCGGAGAUGGACCAGCAGCUCCGCUCUGAGCAGCAGCUCAUGGAGCGAGGAGCAGCUAUGGCUAUGGAGGAGAGCGAUGGAGACACGGUAAGCUUAAGUUUAAUGAUUACCCCUUUGACCACGAACAAGAGGAAGAGUUCCUCUUCUCAGCUGGACUUGGACAGGGCGGAGAUGGACCAACUGCUCCGAUCUGAGCAACAGCUCAUGGAACGGGGAGCAGCUAUGACUAUGAAGGGAAGCGAUGGGGAUACGCGGUCAGCGCGAUUCCGAAGUUUGCGUCAAAAAUACCGGCGGGUGCGCGCCGCGACGCUGAGCCUCAUUCGCGAGCCGGCGCCGCCGCCGACGCGACCGAACGACCGACCGACCGAGCCGACUCCCGCCGACCGAGUGAACGCGACAUGCGCGCGACCAGACAUGGGUAAUGUGCAGUGCUGCGCCAGCGGUCGCUUCUACGAGGGCAAGAAGACGAAAAGCCGAAGAAACAGAAGAAGGAUAAGUCGAAAGGAGUCAGUGCGAAGAAUAAUAACGUUGUUGGUGGUAAACCCAGUGCGGAUUGUAAAGUGA